AUGGAUGUAAGCAACAAGACUGAUCCUCCAAUUCCACCCGGACCUUACAUUCCGACCAGAAAUGCUCUCAAAUCGGUUUUAAUCCUGGGAUUGUUCUUUGCCACCUUUAUUGCUUCGAUUGUAAGUUGAGUUACUUUUGAUUUUUAUGUUUUAGGUAUUAUUGGGAGUUGGAAAGUGUGAAGAAUAUUAAUAAUGGUCUUUCUUAAGCUUUUUUAAAGCUUUUUGUUGAAAAAUAGCAACAUAGAGAUCAAGAAAGGGUGGUGAAGAUGUUGUGAUGUAUAACAAUGUGUUUUUUGGUAGAUAAAAGCUUGAUUUUUUAAAAAUUAGUUAAUGAAGACUAUUAUCUAUGUGUUGCAAUAGUUGUUUGGUGGUUUUGUGGGGUUACCCACAAGUUUUAAGAUGUUUUAGGUAGUAAGACCAUAAAGAAAUUGUGCUUUAUAAGGCUUGAUCUAUUUUUGCUUCCAUUUUAUAAUCUUAGCAUUGAAAGCUAAUUUAUUCUGUUUUAUAUUUAUUUUUUUACAAUAUUAGUUUUAAAAAAAUUGAUUCCAAGCUGAUACAAGCAUUUUACGACUUCAAUAACAUGUUGACAUGAACAACAUCAAAAUUUUGCUUUUUUGUCUCAAACUUUUUUAUUACUUAAUGAGAUCAUAACGUGAUUGUUUAGACAAUCAUUUAAUACACUGUUAUUAUGCAAUUUUUUCAGUCAGCACUAGUACUGAAACGAGCAGCAUCAGCCUCAGCGAACUCAAGCCGAGCACAGACGAUAUUCUCCUUGAUCUCAUGCUUUGGUGGCGGUGUGUUUUUGGCCACAUGUUUGAUGCAUUUACUCCCAGAGUCUAUGGAACAAAUUGAUAAGGGGCAGGAUGCAUUGAAAUUGGAUUUCGACUUUCCUUUGCCAGAGUUUUGCAUUAGUCUUGGGUUUAUGUUUGUCAUGUUCGUGGAACAGGUAUGUCUUUGGUUUUUGUUGUGUUUUGGUUUUUAGGAUGAAGAUUUUAUGCUGUAGGAUAUUUAGAAGAUGGUUUGGAUGAGAAAGAAGGUGUGGAAGAUAGUUUAGAUGUGGAUGAUAGUUUAGAUGAGAAAGAUGGUUUAUGAAGAGAACUAAAGUUAAAGCAAAGGUUUAGAAGAAAGAGGGUUUUAAAGACAGUAGAGAUGAUAAAGGAGAUGCAGAACAUAUUUUAGAUAAGAAAUAAGGUAUACAAUUUGGUUUACAUUAACUAGAAGGUCAAGGAGGAAGUUUAGGUAAUAAAGAAGGCCAGGAAAAUAGUUCACAAGACUUUGACAACUAUAAAUUGAAGAACAUCACUACUUCUUUACCAAUUUAUGCUUAUCUUUAUAUUUUAGGCAGCAAUCUUUGCUCACGAGCAAGAAUGGAUAGGUCAAGGUCAAAAUAUUCUUGGCCAUGGUCAUGAGCACACUGAAGACACAGUACCGAUACUGGAGGAGGACACAAGAUCCAAUGGAAGCGUAAGGUCGGAGAGAAGGUCCCACGCUGGUAGUAUAAUGUCAGAUGAUCACUUUGAACACGAAACUCAUUCCACGAUGAGGGCAGCUUUAUUGGUUAUGGCAAUCUCACUUCAUGCUGUGUUCGAAGGGCUUUCGGUGGGCAUGAUUCAGGAGGUUUCGGCCUUGUUGCAGGUGAGAAUGACAUUUUUGUUAAGAAAAUUGGUUAAAAAUUGCAAUAACUUUCUUUACAAAACACAUUUUUUUAAAAACCGCAAAAACUUUCUUUACAGUACCUAUUUUUUCGAAAAACCGCAAGAACUUUCUUUACAAAACCCCAUUUUUUGAAAAACCGCAAAAACUUUCUUUACAAAACAUUUUUUUUUUGAAAAUUUGAAAACUUAUGACAUUUUCAGAUUUGUGGAGCUCUGUUAAUCCACAAAGUAGUGAUAGGAAUCUCGCUGGGCGUAAGACUAGUCCAGUCCAAUAUGAAACCGACCGGUGUUGUCAUUUGUUGUAUAAUAUUUGCUGGUCAAAUCGUUGUGGGCGGCUUCAUUGGACUCGGAAUCAUGGACAUUUUGCGAGGAGAGUCAAUUGGUUUGACGAAUUUCAUUGGCGGGAUCCUACAGGUCGGUUGUUAUGAAACAGCAUUUUUGGCGGGAUUUUUGAAAUUUGAAUUUUCGAAAAUAUGAUUUUAGGUAUUAAAUUUUUGAGUUUGAUGCUUGAUUUCAUAGUACGUAGGAUCUAUAGUUUUAAUAUUUUGAAGCAUAAUGCCAACUUUGGCGGGAUUUCAAAAUUUUGAAAUUUUAAAAUUUAAUGAUAAAACCAUAAAAUUUCAGGCCUUCGCCGCCGGAACCUUCCUCUACAUUACUUGUUUCGAGAUCUUACCUCACGAGCUGAAUAAACCUGGAUAUCGACCACUAAAGCUGUUAUUCUUAUCAGCUGGCUUCGCUCUGAUCACCUUCUUCAUAUCCUACUUCCCGGAUGCUGACGAUGGGAAUUGA